UGCUUUUCCUUUCUUCAAUAAUUCUCCGCCAAAGCUGCUUUAUUCUCUGCACACUUUGCUUUGUUUUUCUUUUCCAUUAUUUCCAAGCCCAAGAAAAUUAAUCCACUUUCCCUUCAUACAAACGCCCAUAACCAACCCAUCCAUUCCUCUCUUUCUUUCACAACCACACUACCCCACUAGGAUUCUCUCUUCCUAACCGAUAACAAGAAAAGAACAACCAGAAGAAAAGAUCGACAUGGCAGAGUUUGACUAUCAAGAUCUUGUAAAGGCCACUGAAGGAUUCUCUCCAUCAAGACUCAUAGGUAAAGGAAGCCAUGGAUCAGUCUACAAAGGAAUACUUCUCCAAGAAAAUAAAGUUCUUGCAAUCAAGAAAUCAUCUAUUGGUAUCGAUCAUGUCUCUAAUGACAACUCCAAGAAGCUCGAUAACGAAAUAUUUAUAUUAUCAUCUCUACGUGAUCAAAGUCCUUACAUCAUCAAUUUUCUUGGAACAAGUCAUGACUCAGCUGCAGCUGCUAGUGAGGAGAAGAUCAUCAGCAGAAAGCUUCUGGUCAUGGAGUUCAUGCCCAAUGGUUCUCUUCAUGAAAUGUUGCAUGUAGCCCAAACUCCGCCUUCUUGGCCUAAACGUGUAGAGAUCGCUCUCCAAAUCGCUAGGGCAGUCCAAUCCCUUCAUGAAAGCAAGCCUUUGGUUAUCCAUAGGGACAUCAAGUCGGCUAAUGUUUUGUUCGACUCAAAUUGGAAUGCUAAGUUAGCAGAUUACGGACUCGCCGUGUCACGAAUCGACUCAUCGACUCACCAUGAGAGUCAACCCGCUGGCACCAUAGGAUACAUAGAUCCUUGUUACACUACCCCUAGCAAACUAAGUACUAAAAAUGAUGUAUUUAGUUAUGGGGUAGUGUUAUUAGAAAUAAUAAGCGGCAGAAAAGCCAUAGAUGUUUCAAAGGCACCAGCUUCAAUCGUAGAAUGGGCAAUACCACUAAUUCAAAAGCGUGGAGUACCCGUUAAAGAAAUUUGCGAUCCAAGAAUUGGGUUGCCACCAUACAUAGAGGGCACGAUAAGGAACUUGCUGAAUGUGGCUGCACGUUGUGUGUCUUAUAAGGAAGAAAAUCGCCCAUCAAUUGGUGAAAUUGUUAGGGGAAUGGAUAGUUAUUGCUUUGUUGAAAGAGUAAACACAGUACGCAGCCCCAGCAGCUGGACAAGCCUUAUAAGGAGUUUGAUUCUGAUUAGAAGGCAAAGAAGAUUGGCCAAGAAAUGGCAGGGAAAAUGUGAAAAUUAUAGUGAUAUUUCAAAAGGGAAGCUUUUGUUAAGGGAGAUUUUGGCUGAUAUCACACUGAAAUGAGUUAGAGAUCAUAAAGAACCGAGUCACUGAACUCGGCUGGGUCAUAUGAUGAAUGAGGAGAUGAAGCUGAAGAGCAUUCAGUCCAAACAGAAGACUCCCAAAUGUUGGUGGCUGAGGAAUAUAACAAAGAUUGGUUUGACGGCCCGUCAUUCUAUUAUGAUGUUACAGCUCUGCUUUAAUUUGUGCUGUCUUUUGCUUUGUGAUCAUAUUAUCCGUAUAGGAUAUUCUAUAUAUAAUUAAAAUAAUUUUUUUUAUUAA